AUGGGACCCAGCUCCAUGACUAACCUCUUCACCUUCAAUUCGUUGCCCAUCUUUCUAUCCUUCUCGCAAUAUGCACUCAGCUUUCUCGAUCGACAAUCACGCUACUUUGACUGGAGAGCCCUCGAUGCAGAAGACGACGGUCACCUUGUCCCUACCAAAAAUGAAAAGAACUACUACCUUCCACCGCGCUCAUUGCUCCGUGGUCCUUUCACCACGCGAAAGCGUGGGAUCCUCAUAUACCUCGUGCAGGAACCUGCCAUACGAACCUUCGUCACCGAAAUGGUCGAGCAUCGGGACCACGAGGCAGAUGCGAACCUAUUAUAUCAAGCAAUCUUGGUCAACGAGUGGGAGUCCACUGCGCGCUCUGAGAAUGGCAAGAUCCCCUUAGACAUCGGGCUCACAUUAAUCAAACGUCUUCCUGUCUUCCCGAGGGGCGAAAGAGGAGAGAAGUACAUCUUUGAAGCGAUAAAGGCCGGGCACACGGACGUCUUCGCUCUUCUGGCGGACCAUUGGUUGCUGGCGUGCACCGAAGAAAUGUUGGGCCACUUUGAUUCUACACUGACACGGCUACUGCAGACGGCCCUCGAAGGUGCUCUUGCAGAAGAUGGCGAUGUCGACGACAGUGCAGACGUCCGGGCCCGGAUGCUCAUUGCUGCGAGACGUCGAGCCAUCGAAGGAGCUAGGCGCGUGAUCGAGUACGAAAGCGAGAAGCUGGAUAGACAACGACCGUGGACACCCCGCCACGUUGAUGUGAGCUCUUUGGGCAGUCUGCACGAAGAACCCUCCAAGGCUCGAUAG